AUGGGUAUUGAAUCUUCUGCCCAUCACGGGGAGUCGAUCAACCCGGCUGUCGCUCCCCACGCCGAACACUCCAGCCAAGAGUCUGUAGCUAUGAACAAGCCGUCCGAUGUUGGCGUAGACACUCCUGUCCCCCGGGUCACGCUCCGGGCCUUCGUCAUGGGAGCCUUCGUCUCCAUGGGUGGUCUGCUCUUCGGUUAUGAUACCGGUCAGAUCUCUGGUUUCCAGGAAAUGUCCAACUACCUUGAACGGUACGGUGAGCCGAACGGCGACGGAACCUACUCCUUCAGCACGGUCCGUUCCGGUUUGAUCGUUAGUCUGUUGUCCAUUGGUACCUUGAUCGGUGCCCUCUGCGGUGCUCCCAUCGCCGAUAAGUUCGGCCGAAAGUGGUCCAUCACCUUCUGGUGUCUGAUCCUCAUCGUCGGUCUGAUUGUCCAGAUCUCCGCGCCUGACGGUAACUGGGUCCAGAUGGUCCUGGGUCGUUGGGUUACCGGUCUGGGUGUUGGUGGUUGCUCUCUCUUGGUGCCCAUGUACCAGGGUGAAAGCGCUCCUCGUCAGAUCCGUGGUGCCAUGAUCAGUUGCUACCAGCUCUUCGUCACCCUGGGUAUCUUCCUGUCUUACUGCAUUAACCUGGGAACCAACACCAUGGAGGGUACCGGCCAGUGGCGUAUCACCCUGGGUCUGACCUUCCUGUUCGCUCUUAUCCUCGGUGGAGGCAUGAUUUUCUUUCCCGAGUCCCCUCGUUUCGAGUACCGUCAUGGCCGUGUCGACAAUGCCCGUGCCACUAUGGCUAAGAUGUACGGCAUCCCUGAGAACCACCGCCUGAUCAACCAGGAGCUCGAGGAGAUCCAGCAGCAGCUUGAUGCCGAGUCUCAGGAGCAGGUCUGGCACGAGUUCAUCACCGCUCCCCGCAUGUUCUACCGUGUCGUGCUGGGUAUGGUGCUUCAGUCUCUGCAGCAGCUGACCGGUGCCAACUACUUCUUCUACUACGGAACUACCAUCUUCCAAGGUGCCGGUAUCUCCAACAGUUUCAUCACGCAAGUUAUCCUGGGUGCCGUCAACUUCGGAACCACCUUCGGCGGUCUCUACGUCGUCGAGAACUUCGGUCGUCGCAAGUCCCUCAUCACCGGUGCCGGACUUAUGUUCAUCUUCUUUAUCUGUUUCGCGAGCGUUGGCCACUUCGUUCUAGAUGUGCAAACCCCUACAAACACUCCCGGCGCCGGAAAGGGCAUGAUCGUGCUCGCCUGUCUCUUCAUCACCACCUACGCCAUGACAUGGGGUCCGAUGAUCUGGGCUAUCGCCGCUGAGCUGUUCCCAUCGAAAUACCGUGCCAAGGGCAUGGCGCUGGCCACGGCCUCAAACUGGCUCUGGAACUUCCUGAUCGGAUUCUUCACCCCGUUUAUCACGCACGAGAUUGAUUUCGCCUAUGGCUACGUCUUCGCUGGCUGUCUCUUCGUCGCUGCUGGUGUCGUGUACUUCUUCGUCAUCGAGGGUCGGGGCCGUACCCUUGAGGAACUCGACUGGAUGUACGUGAACAAGAUCGUGCCCUGGAAGAGCAGCUCUUUCGAGAUGCCUGAACUCCGCAGCCAGAGCCAUGGUGGCAUGGAUGCGAAGUAUGCGCGGAAGGAGUCGCAGUCUUAUCAUGCGGAGAAUGUUUAA